GACACAGAGCAGGAGCAGCUGGAUUGUUAACUUCGUGGGCUCAACUCCACGACGUGACUGGGACGCACACUGACACGUUUCGGAGCAGAGCGCGCUUCUGCAGGAGCUGCGUCUGGAUGUACCGGAGCGGAAUCACUGGGAUUCAUUCCACUUCUGCAUGAAUUGAAUGGCAUUUUAGGAAAAAAUAAAAAUAAAGUGACGUUGCCAGAGAGGAAAAGUCGCUGAAAUUUACUUUUUUGGGGGGAGAAUUUGGAAUUAAUAUCUCGUUUCUUAUCAAAAGGUGUCUCCAUCCAAAGAUGUUGCUGCUUCGCUCCGUCCUGCUGCUGCUGUGUUUGCUCCAGCUGCACGCUCCGUCCUCUGCUUUGCCCUUUGAGCAGAGAGGCUUCUGGGACUUUUCCCUGGACAGCAUGGAGAACAUUGGGAAGAUGGCAAUGAUGAACGAUGUGGAAGAAGGUUCUGCCAUGGACCCAACCCCCCCUCCCGGCGUGCCCGUGUGCCCCUUUGGCUGCCACUGCCAGCGGAAGGUCGUCCAGUGCUCCGACCUGGGUUUGACGGAGGUGCCAAGAAACAUUCCUCCAGACACCAAGUUCCUGGACCUUCAGAACAACCACAUCACUGAGCUGAGAGAGAAUGACUUCAAAGGCCUUACGGACUUAUAUGCUUUGUCUGUAAGGAAUAACAUGAUUUCCAAGGUGCAUCCCAGAACAUUUGUUCCUUUGAAACGGAUGCAGAAGCUCUACUUUUCAAAGAACCUGCUGACAGCCAUUCCCAAAAAUUUGCCAGCCUCCUUGGUGGAGUUGAGGAUCCAUGAGAACCGCAUCAGGAAAGUUGGGGCUGGAAGCUUCUCGGGACUGGGCAACAUGAACUGCAUAGAAAUGGGAGCAAACCCCAUCCAGAACAGCGGUUUUGAGCCAGGAGCAUUCAAAGGACUGAAAUUGAAUUUUCUGCGCAUAUCUGAGGCUAAACUAACCGGGGUGCCAAAAGAUCUCCCAGAGAGUCUCCACGAGCUUCAUCUGGAUCACAAUCAGAUCCAGGCGGUGGAAUUGGAGGACUUGGGUCGAUACAAAAAUCUCUACAGACUGGGCCUUGGCUUCAAUAACAUCCGUAACAUAGAGAACGGCAGCCUGUCAUACCUGCCCAUGCUGAGAGAGCUGCACCUGGAGAACAACCGCCUCACCCAUGUUCCUCAAGGCCUGCCUGCCAUGAAAUACUUACAAGUGGUGUAUCUUCAUUCUAACAGCAUUAGUAAGGUUGAUGUAGAUGACUUCUGCCCUCGAGGAUUUGGGAUGAAGAGGACAUUCUAUAAUGGCAUCAGCUUGUUUGAUAACCCCGUCAACUACUGGGACGUGCAGCCUGCAACGUUCCGCUGCGUCAACGAUCGCUACGCCAUUCAGUUUGGAAACUACAAAAAGUAGAAAAUGGAGAUAUGGGGAGAUGAAAGUGAGAUGCUGGUAAAUAGAAGAGGGAGCAGAUAAAUUAAAAUAAAAAAGAAUUGGAACUUCAGAGAUGAUGUAAAGGGAGUUUAUAUUUGAGAAUUAGUUUUUUUUUUGUUUUUUGUGAAGUGUAUGAGUAACAAUGAGGACCACAAACUGAAAAAAGUGAAAAUGUAAUAUUUUAACUUGAAGUGGAUGAAGAGUAAAGCCUGUCUAGAACUGUAACUGGGCUGUAGCAGUUUUUUUAAAUCAAUAUUUUGAAAAUGUUUCCAUCUAAAGGUUUGAGAAGAAAGAUUAUAACCCCCUUCCCUGUUAUCCUACUUCACGAGAACUGAAGACAAACAACUUGUGAGGCAUUUCAUUAAAUUUGUGCCUUUUAUCUAAUUUUUUUGACAGAUUGUUCUUCUGCAAACAGUUUGGUUAACAUUGUGAGCAGAGCAUAAGAAGCAGUCGGGUUUUUGGAAGGUCCUUCACUCUGACUUUGAAAAAACAACAUCACAGAAAAUUCACUUCAGCGUUUGAUUAAUUAAAGCCUGUUUGUCUCAUUUGGUGCUUAACAUACUUUUUUGUUGAAUUCUUACUGUCUGCCUUUACAAAUAUUAGCCACCUGAGCUGUAUUCUGUUGCAUUAGUAAUGUAUUCUCUCCUGGAACACAUCCACUCUGCUUGGAGAGAAUGAAGGUAUUUCAUUCACACGUGCUACACACAACAGUAGUUUUUGCAUUGUUUUGCACAGUUUGUGUCUGUUGUUGUUUUUCUUUUGCUUCAGGGGUACGGCAUUGGUUUAGUAAUGGUGGGUGGGGGGAUAUGAGUGUUUAUAUUUGUAGGCUCAAAGAAAACUACUUUGGUUUUUACUGUGUUGUGCUGCCUCUUUUCUGUAAUCUUGCAUCCUGCUGCUGCAUGUGAAUAAAAACAUUUUAGCCUGCUGCAUUCAGCCAGAGACCAGUGAUGCCCUUGGGGUGAUGUUUUGGGAAAUGAGAAAGAAUAACCAAAUGGAGAACAUUUAAUGAAUGAACCCUAAACUUUUGUACAUAUUUAUUUUAUUAGCUGAUGAUCUUGAAUACAACACUGUUCUGAAGCCGUACAAUUGUCAUAAUUUGAAUCUUUUGAAUAGUUUUGAGUCUUUUUUGAGUCUGAAACUGUUGGUUGACAAAGUUAUUUUUUAUCAUGAGAUAUACAAUUUCAGUGAACAAUUUAGAUAUAAAAAACACACAUACAUGGCCAAAAAUAAUAUUGACCAUAAUCCUAUCAAGGCCACACAUCCAUGGAUGUUACACGUUAAGGUGAUGCUCUGUGAGCCUGAUCUUCUGAUUAUCCGUCACCGAAAGUGGCUUUUUCAAAAACCAGUUCUGGAAAAACAAUGAAUGACUCAAGUUGUAUACAGGAUGGGGUGAGAUACCUGCUCUCAAUAACACCACAGUACAAUAUGGUAUUUUAGUGUCAUUGCUGGUUUCCAACUGAGGCAAACAAUACCGAAACUGGUGCAGUUGAUGUCCGUGGAAGGAUGUCUUGAAGCAUAUCUGGACAUAAAAUCAUUUCAAGUUCACUCUGAUCAUUUUUUAAUCUAUUUCCAAAGCGUUCCCAGUGGUCUUUUAAUUGUGAUUAGACUGUUUUUUAUCCCAAAUCUAAAAACCUGUGUCAUUUUCUAGGACAUAGUUUCUGCAGACUGGCAGUAGUUCAUCAGAAAUUCACCUGAGUUGCGGGUAAGACUGUUAGUGCAGAGAAAGCCUAUACUCCCACUUCCCAUCAUCCAUCUGUAUACUCUCCUCCUAUCUUACAACCCCUCUCUCACCCCAACCUAACAUUACAAUAUUGGGGAGUUAUCCAGCCAUGUAGUUUAGCCUGUUGAUGGUAGCUUCCACACCACAGCUACAGACUUUUUCAAACUGCAUUUUUUGACUGCUCCUGAUUUACAACAAUUUAAAUAAAGAAAUAAACAGAAAUUGCAUCUUAAGUUUAUUAUUUUUUUGAUACAAUUCCUCCAUCAUUAGAGAAACGCCACAAGAACACACUAAAAGCACCAAAAAUACAAUCAGAGUGGUGAAACAUUUCAGGAAACAAUAGUCAUAGUCCAGUUACCAUGAUUCAGCUUUAAGACAAAAUCCCAUGGAUAGAUGAGAAUUGUUGGGGGGAUGAUUAACUAUAACACAAAUAAAAAACUCUGAACCAACAAUCUUUCUGCCUUUAAUCAAAGAAAAAAAAAA